AUCCCUUGGAAGAAUGAUGAUGAACUGCUUGCUGCUUGGAGAGAUGCCAGAACGGGCUUUCCUUGGAUUGAUGCGAUAAUGACCCAGCUCCGAAAGUGGGGUUGGAUGCAUCAUCUUGCUCGACACAGUGUUGCAUGCUUUCUAACUCGUGGGGAUCUGUUUGUACAUUGGGAGAAAGGGCGUGAUGUUUUCGACAGACUGCUUAUUGACUCUGAUUGGGCAAUCAACAACGGAAACUGGUUGUGGCUAUCUUGCUCUUCAUUUUUCUACCAGUACCAUCGAAUUUAUUCACCAACCUCAUUUGGGAAGAAAUAUGAUCCUGCCGGGAACUAUAUCAGGCAUUUUCUCCCUGUUUUAAAAGAUAUGCCAAAGGAGUACAUAUAUGAGCCUUGGACUGCUCCCCUAAGUGUCCAACGUAAAGCAAGAUGCAUCAUUGGCUUAGAUUAUCCCAAACCAGUUGUUUCCCAUGAUUCUGCAAGCAAAGAAUGUCGGAUGAGACUUGGUGAAGCGUAUGAAUUGAACAAAAAGCUGAAUGGCUUGGUUAGUGAGGAACACUUGAACAAGUUAAGAAGAAAAAACGACGAUGAAUCUACCAUUCUGGAUUCCAUUUCCAGGAGGAAGAAACAGAAGUUAAUUGGCUAAGAUUGCACCAUCGAAGCCAUAGCCAGAUUUCUACAAGAUUUGCCGCAAGGUGCCCCAGCAAUUAUAGGAACUACAAAAGGAGCAUUUUCCUUCAAUUACAUCCCCCUUAAAAUGAUUCCAAGAGUGUUCAAAUGUAGGAAUCCUUUGUAUCAUGUAUAUGCCAGGAGAAUAUAGUUAACAUUAUUGAGAAAGAGGCAUACCUCUGGUAUAUGCAAUAUUUCCUUCUU